AUGUCAUCAGAUUACGCCAAAUUGGUAGCCAGUCUUGCGCCAGAAGACAUUUUACAAAAAUGGUCUGAAAUCACUCCAUUAAAGAAAAUUUCCGGUAUUCCCAGAUCAGCAGGAUCUGAUUCGUCCAACACCGCUAGUCAAGAUUCAAGUUUAUUCAAUGGCCACGAUGAAGAACAAAUUAGACUUAAGGAAGAAUUGUGCAUUAUUUUAGACUAUAAUGAUAAACCACUUGGUGCAGGAACCAAGAAGUUAUGCCAUAUUAUGGACAAUAUCAAUCAAGGAUUAUUACAUCGUGCAUUUUCAGUGUUUUUGUUCAAUGAAGAUGGCAAGCUUUUGUUGCAACAACGUGCUGAUGAAAAAAUCACUUUCCCUGCCAUGUGGACAAAUACUUGUUGUUCUCAUCCGUUAUGUGUGCCAAGCGAACUAGGUAUAAGUUCUACAUCCAACGAUGUCAAUGACUUGGCCACAGCUGUUGAAGGUGCCAAAGUCGCUGCUCAAAGAAAAUUGGACCAUGAAUUGGGGAUUCCUUUCAAAGAUGUCCCCAUUGAAAAUUUUACUUAUUUGACCAGAAUCCAUUACAGAGCUCCUAGUGGCGAUGAACGAAGUCCAUGGGGAGAACAUGAAAUUGACUAUAUUUUGAUUUUGAGAACCAAGAAUGAUAUAACAUUGAAUGCCAAUGAUAACGAAGUCAAGGACUACAAAUAUGUCAGUGCUGAUGAGUUGAACCAAAUGUUUGAAGAUGACUCAUUAGUUUUCACUCCAUGGUUUAAAUUGAUUUGCAAAACAUUCUUGUUCAAGUGGUGGUCUAAUUUAGAUAACUUGUCACAAUUCAAGGAUGAUGAAAUCCACCGUUUACUAUAA